AUGUAUAAAGGAUUAAAAUCAACCAGAAGUGAAGAUGAUUCUAUUUACACAGGCUCAUCUGGUAUAAGCCUCUUGAAUCUACAUCUGUAUAAAACACUGGGUGAAGAGAAGGAGGAGAAAUAUUUACACACUGCCCUACAGUUUCUAGAGAAACCCCUUCAACACCUGAAAAACAAACGUUAUACAUUUCUAUGUGGGGAUGCAGGGCCGUUAGCCCUAGGGGCUGUCAUAUAUCAUAAGCUGAAAGAUGACAGCAUGUCAAAAGAAUGCAUUAAAAGACUAGAAGAUCUAUAUUAUCCAGUAUGUAAAGAUUAUGAUAUACCUAAUGAGUUACUGUAUGGUCGUGUAGGAUAUAUAUACUCUCUGUUAUUUAUACAGAAACACCUUGGUCCAGAAUCUAUCACAAACACAAUUAUACCAAAGGUAUUGAGGGUCAUCAUAGAAAUGGGUAGGAAGGCAGCCGAGGAGGAGAAAUCUCACACACCAUUGGUAUUUACCUGGCAUGAUAAACACUAUCUUGGAGCUGCCCAUGGUAUGGUGGGCAUCAUAUUCAUGUUAUUACAGCUAGAUAAACAGCUACUCGAGCCGUAUUUAACAGAUAUCAAAUCUUGUAUUGAUCACCUACUGUCUAUACAGCUACCAUCUGGUAACUUCCCAUCUUCUCUAGAAAAUAAAUCAUCAGAUAAACUGGUUCAUUGGUGUCACGGAGCUCCUGGCUGGAUUCACAUGUUUCUUAAAGCACAUGAGUUAUUUGGAGAGAAGGUAUAUCUACAGAAGGCUAAACAGUGUAGUGAAGUAAUUUGGUUACGUGGGUUAUUAAAGAAGGGCUAUGGUUUAUGUCAUGGUAUUGCUGGGAAUGCGUAUGGUUUUCUAUCAAUGUAUAGAACCACUGGCGAAGAAAAACACUUAUAUCAUGCUUAUAUGUUUGCUACAUGGUGUAUGGAAUAUGGGAAUCAUGGGUGUAAUACUCCAGAUAGACCUUUCUCAUUAUUUGAAGGGAUGGCUGGUACCAUUUACUUUUUAGCUGAUUUGUUACACCCUUUAGAAGCUAAAUUUCCAGCUUUUGAGCUCUGA